AUGAGAGCAUCCCAAAUUUCUCCAGAGACCUUCCACGUCCCACCCACACCUCAUUCUCCUAACUCGACACUCCCUGUUGUUGUGUAUAGGAAUGCGCUGGAGAACAAAACAGUAGAAGGCGCUUUAGAAGCGAUCAAUACUUCGGAGUGGGUCAAAGGAGGUCACUGGAAGAUCGCCAACGAGGCACUCGCGGCUAAACCUCAUUAUCACUCAACCACACACGAGGCAUAUACUGUCUUACAGGGGAGUGGCACAUAUGUGCUUGGAAAGUCCCCUUUGGAUGCAGAUACUAAUGAGAUCGGCAACCCUGUGGGUAUCGAAUUUGUUGCCCGUGCUGGAGACGUGUUCGCAUGGCCAGCAGGAGUGACACACUUUGUCAAGGAAAUUGAGGAUGACUAUGAGAUUAUUGGGUUUUAUGCCUUGACAGGGUUCAACUCCAGAGAAGAGCCCUACGACAUGGAGAGCCCUAUUCAUAUACACUGCGUACCUCAAAAUCUCAGGCAGCAUCGCGAACAUGUUCUCCGGCUCUGGAGCGAGAACAAAUAUGGUAACAGAGACCUCGCCGCCGUUUCGAUUGCCACCAACACCGCUCUUCAACUUGCGCGUAAUAUGGAGCCGGAAAUCCCCUCAGCAAUGCAGAAGCUUCGAAUUGCUUUAGGCGCCAUUGAAAUGUUCUAUGAAGCUGCUUGCGCAGCUGAAGGCCAAGGCCCUCUUUAUGAGCAAUAA